UUUGAAUUCAGAAUUGCUGCAAUCUUUUACCUCCAGUAAGUUCUUUGGUUUCAGCUUUCCACAGCAGAUUUAGCAUCAAAUGUCAAAAUGCUACAAGGCUCCGUGAGGCUUUCCUUCUUCCUCCUCCUCUGCACACAUUUCCUAACCUCAGCAGACCUGGAGGAGGUCGAUGAAGUACCAGUGGAGGUGAUCACCGACAGCUCCCCCUGCAGCGCAACCUGUGGGCUGGGGCUUAAAACCCAAACCCUCUGUUUGCUUAAAGACAGCCAGAAAGCGCUGGAAGACAAAGUUAAUGGAAAGGAUGGAACACAGGAAAUCUCUCAAUCAAAUGUGUCAGACGAGUGUCGAGUCCGUAAGGUAAAAUGUCUGGAGAUGUGGCAGUGUGGACUCAGGACAAUGACGGUGGCGUCAGGACAGAAAGUGGAGAUUGAUUGUCUGGAAGAGGUCAUGGAGGCGAUGGGGAGGUUCUCCUGGAGGGUGUCAUGGCGCUACGCUCCAGGAAUGAUCACCUCCGAUGACUCUCUGUUCGAACGCUGGGAGGCUCCUCAUCUGGACCGAGUGAUUCUGGACCCUGUUAGAGAGGAAGAUGCAGGUACAUAUCGUUGUGAUGUUCAGGACACCAACUACCGCCGAGUCAAGCGGGUUUACUGGGGCAUUCGAGUUUUACCCACCGGGGUUAUCAAUCUGGACUAUGAGAGUUCUCUGGCUCAGUGGGACCAGACUGAAAGCCAACAGAAACCUGCGGUGCUGGAAACUGGAACACUUCUUUUUUAUGCUGUGGGGAUCAGUGUGAUCCUUGCAGGAGGCUGGACUGGACUGCUGGGCCUCUACAGGAGAAAAAUGAGGACGUAGAAUCUUUCAACACAUACGUGACGCUUAUUUCUCACUGUUUAAAGAUGGAAAUAUAAACAUGUGCAUCCUGAGUU